GGGAGGGUGAGUAGGGCCGGCCGCCGGGGUUGCGGUCUUGGUCUCCACGGAGCUAGAGACCCUCCCUACCAUUCAGCGCCCAGACCUUCGGUCACCUAGUAGCACCUGUUGCAGGUGAGAGACAACUCUGGUCACUCUCCUUGCCCGGUUGCUUUGAAGAAAGAAGAGUAGAAGAUAAGGAGUCGGAGACGAAUCCAUCAUGUCGGAGAUCCUAGACCUCUCCUUUCUGUCUGAUAUGGAAAGGGAUUUGAUCCUCAGUGUUCUGCAGAGAGAUGAGGAACUCAGAAAAGCAGAUGAGAAAAGGAUUAGGCGACUGAAGAAUGAGCUACUGGAGAUAAAACGGAAAGGUGCCAAAAGGGGCAGCCAGCACUACAGUGAUCGGACCUGUGCCCGGUGCCAGGAGAGCCUGGGCCGUUUGGUUCCCAAGAGCAACACUUGUGUGGGUUGUAAUCAUUUAGUGUGUCGAGACUGUCGCGUUCUGGAAAGUAAUGGCUCCUGGAGGUGCAAGGUGUGCGCCAAGGAAAUAGAGCUGAAGAAAGCAACUGGCGAUUGGUUUUAUGAUCAGAAAGUAAACCGCUUUGCAUACCGGACAGGCAGCGAGAUAAUCAGGAUGUCCCUGCGCAGGAAGCCUGCAGCAAACAGAGAGCCAGUGGGACAGCCCCUCCUUCAUCAGACACAGAUGGGCGAUAUCUGGCCUGGAAGAAAGAUCAUUCAGGAACAACAGAAGGAAGCCAGUGGGCCAUUUGAAGUGCCGAAGCUGAGGAGUGGAAAGAGCGCGCUGGAGGCUGAGAGCGAAAGUCUGGAUAGCUACACAGCUGACUCCGAUAGCACCUCCAGGAGAGAUUCUCUGGAUAAAUCUGGACUCUUCCCAGAGUGGAAGAAGAUGUCUGCUCCCAAAACUAAAGUUGAAAAGGAAAUUCAGCCAGGGAGCCAAAAUGCAGUCUGUGUUGACGAGGGUGACAUGAUAUUCAAGAAGAACAGCAGAAAAAUCCUGAGGCCUUCAGAAUACACUAAGUCUGUAAUUGACCUUCGGCCAGAAGAUGUGGCACAGGAAAGUGGCAUCUUGGGAGACAGGAGCAAAUCCGUACCACGCCUCAGUGCAGAUAUGGAAGAAGAGGAGGAGGAAGAAGAGGACAUUGACCAUUUGGUGAAGUUGCAUCGGCAGAAACUGGCCAGAGGCAGCAUGCAGAGUGGCUCAUCCAUGAGUACCAUUGGCAGCAUGAUGAGCAUCUAUAGUGAGGCUGGUGACUUUGGGAACGUCUCUGUGACUGGCAAGAUCGUCUUUUCUCUCAAGUUUGAGCAGAAAACACAGACUCUGGUCAUUCAUGUGAAGGAGUGCCACCAGCUGGCCUAUGCUGAUGAAGCCAAGAAGCGUUCUAACCCAUAUGUGAAGACUUAUCUUCUGCCUGACAAGUCCCGCCAAGGGAAAAGAAAGACCAGCAUCAAGCGGGACACCAUCAAUCCACUAUAUGAUGAGACCUUUAGGUAUGAGAUUUCAGAAUCUCUUCUGGCCCAGAGGACUUUGCAGUUUUCCGUUUGGCAUCACGGUCGUUUUGGCAGAAACACUUUCCUUGGAGAGGCGGAGGUCCACAUGAACUCCUGGAAGCUGGAUAAGAAGCUGGAUCAUUGCCUCCCUUUACAUGGAAAGAUCAGUGCUGAGUCCUCACCUGGCUUGCCAGCACACAAAGGCGAGUUGGUGGUUUCAUUGAAAUACAUCCCAGCCUCCAAACUUCCCGUUGGAGGUGACCGGAAAAAGAGUAAAGGUGGGGAAGGGGGAGAACUCCAGGUGUGGAUCAAAGAAGCCAAGAACCUGACGGCUGCCAAAUCAGGAGGGACUUCAGACAGCUUUGUCAAGGGAUACCUCCUUCCCAUGAGGAACAAGACCAGUAAGCGUAAAACUCCUGUGAUGAAGAAGACCCUGAAUCCCCACUACAACCAUACCUUUGUCUACAAUGGUGUGAGGCUGGAAGACCUCCAACACAUGUGCCUGGAACUGACUGUCUGGGACCGAGAGCCCCUGGCCAGCAAUGACUUCCUGGGAGGGGUCAGGCUGGGUGUUGGCACUGGGAUCAGUAAUGGCGAAGUGGUGGACUGGAUGGAUUCGACUGGUGAGGAAGUGAGCCUGUGGCAGAAGAUGCAACAGUACCCAGGGUCUUGGGCAGAAGGAACUCUGCAGCUACGUUCUUCAAUGGUCAAACAGAAGCUAGGUGUAUGAGUCCCUAUCUUUGUCUGCAGGUGCAGCCCUGGUAAUCCAAGUCAAAGGCUAAGCAACCACAGUGAGAGCUUGCUAAUUUAAUGUGUGUGCAU